CUCUCUCUAGCUCAUCUCUCCACGUUUUUGUAAAAUCACAGACAGACGGCUGAGAGAGUCAUCAUCCCUUGGAAAAGUGAAAAAGAGAAAAAAAGGUUUCUUCUUUUAUCCAUGGAUGGUAAACGAACGGUUGACCGUAUGGUUUUGCCUAGAAAAGCAAGCGGCCAUGUACUACGUGAGAAUAUGAACAAGAGAGAAGAUGAAAAGAGUGUCUCUUUCUGCAGCCGGAUUGGUUGUAGUGCUAAGGUAUCUCACACCAAGGGAACUAGGAUGGAUAAUAAUACUAAACUUGGUUCCUCCUCACAUCUCGAACCCCGGGUGGAUUUGGAUACUAGUCAUAGCAGGCCGAGCAGUAACAGUGGCCCAUCACCUUCACGCUCUAUGGUGAGCCAGGAUGGUUUGAGUCGCUACAACAUUAAUGGAAUCGCAGAGGUAUUGUUGGCUCUGGAAAGAAUUGAGCAUGAUCAGGAUCUUACAUACGAGAGACUGGCUUUUUUGGAGACGAGUCUAUUCUCAAGUGGGAUGAUCAGAUUCUACGAUGAGCAUAGAGAUAUGAGGCUUGACAUUGAUAACAUGUCAUAUGAGGAGCUACUAGCAUUGGGGGAUAAAAUGGGUACAGUGAGCACAGCUCUAAGCGAAGAAGCACUGAAUAAGGAUGAUAUCAAGUGCAAUGUAGCAUAAAUGGUUGUAGUGAAACGAAAAUGAGGUUAAAUGUUAUAUAUAAUAUACGCUAUUCAGGAAGAGUAUGUUGAUGGAGAUGAAGUGGGGAGUAUGCCAUGUGAACAUAUGUUCCAUGUGAGCUGUGUACAACAAUGGCUACGGAUGAAGAACUGGUGUCCUAUCUGCAAAACCUCCGCAGAAGAGAAGUCGUUGUAGCGACAGUGCCACACUCAACUUUAAGCUUUGUGAGAUGGUUCCAAGAUGAUCAGAUACGUUGUUUCUUCUUCUUCUUCACCAAAUACUUGUCUGACUCUACAUCAUCUUACUCUCUCUCUCUCUUCUUUUGUACAUAAA